AUCAGAGCGUCUCCCACUUUUGGCUGGGUAUAAAAGGACGUGUUGCUGCCCAGCCAAAGACAGAAUCAAAUCACGAGGCGAGUGCCCUAGACACACAACUCUGUGCUAGACGUAGCGUUUCCAUUUGCAACAUCAACAACAAGAUGCAACUUUUGAUUGUGUUUGCCACCUGCUUGGCGCUGACCAAUGGCCUGGCGCUCUAUGCCAACUAUCCGUAUCUGUAUACGGCCCAGGGAUCAGCAUUGAUUACGCCCACACAGCAGCAGUAUCUAACCCAGGAUGCAUUGGGUCAGUAUGCAUAUGGCUAUGCCGAGCCUCACUCCAGCAAGCAGGAGAUACGCGGUCUGGAUGGCACUACACGUGGCACCUACAGCUAUCGCGAUGCCACCGGCAAGCUGCAGACUGUGGAGUACACAGCCGACGGUGAGGGUUUCCAUGUCUCGGCCACCAACUUACCACGUGCCGUGCAACCAAUCGCAAGCGAAGGCCGAAGUGCUAAUGAUGUGGCUCCAGCUCCGGCUGCUGAUGUUCCUGCUGAUUCCAUCGAGGUGACCGCAGCUCGUCAAUCGCAUUUCGCCGCUCACGAAGAGGCGCGUCUGCGUCUCGCUCAAGCUCAACAGCAACAGUCAAGUCCAUCCCAGUCAGAAGUCGAGUUGCCGCGUCCCGUUGCCGACACCGCCGAGGUGGCAGCUGCCAAGUCCAAUCAUCUGAAGCGAGUUGCAUCCGAAACGCUGCGCAAUGAGCUGCUCAGCGGCAAUGCUGUCCCGGUUGCACGCAGCUCUCAUGUCAUUGUGCCUGUGCCUUCGGUCUAUGGCUACACCGUGCCACGCUUCUACAGUCCACGCUUUUAUGGAGAACCGCCAGCAGAGGCAAGCACAGAGUUCUCUAGAGCGAGUACUAGAGUCGACGACACUAGCAGCGCCACACAAAAGGAAGCCCCAUCAUCAUCAUCAUCAAUACAAUUCAAAAAACCAUUCCAACUCAAGAUGCAGUUCCUCAACGUCAAUCUCUGCCUUUGCCUGUUAAUUGUGCCUUUGGUGCAUGGCAACGCUUUGCUGGAAUAUGGCGCUCCACCAGCUGCCGGCACAAUUAGUCAAUACCACACCCAGGAUGAGCAUGGACAGUACACUUAUGGCUAUACGGCUCCUCUCUAUUCCAAGCACGAGACACGCACUGCAGAUGGCGUUACACAUGGUUCGUAUUCCUAUGUGGAUGCCACGGGCAAGCAGCAAACAGUCGACUACAAGGCUGAUUCAACUGGCUUCCAUGUCACGGCCAGCACUCUAGAGCAGCGACCCAAUGAGGAGACACCCGAGGUGGCUGCGUUGCGUGCUCAGCACUUGGCUGCCCAUGCAGAAGCCAAGCUGCGUCUAGCUGGCGGUCAAUCAACAACGUCAACGUCUGUGCAGGAUACACCCGAAGUAGCUGCCGCUAAGAUUGCGUUCUUCAAGCGCUUCGAGGCGGAGAAGCGACGCAAUCAGCUGGCUAAGUCAGCCCAACAAAUACUGCCGAACACUAACACAAUACUCUCCCAGCCGAUCUACGUCUAUCAGCCAGCCAAUGGUUUCAUCUACAAGUACAAUCAUCUGCUGCGUUCACCCGCCAGAGACUAUUUGCCAACUGCUUGAUUGAUUGACUGGUUUACUAAUUGAUUGAUUGAUUGUUGUGUUUCGCUAGCUGGUGAGCAAAUAAAUAAGAAUGUUUUUGAACGAUUA